AUGGCAGCCAAGAACCUGGCAGUUUCUGGAGAGGGGUGGAACGCGGGUCCCAUCCCCGGGGACCCCAAAGUAGAAGCCAAAUACUCUCCACCAGCUCAAAAGCUCUUCAUGGUCAGCGUUCUGCUGACGGAACUGGACGGGGCAUUGAAAGCCACUUGGCUAUCGGUCUCUGGCCAGUCACCAGCCUCAGGAAGGUCCCCGCCAGCCUCGGACUUCAGGAACGGUCCCCCCGUGGCUCUGGCGGUAGGAAGCCUCCAGGCCUCUCUACUCCCCACAACCACCACCACCAACCUGAGGAUGCGUUUCCUGGGGGGUGCGGAGGAGGAGAACCUCACGGUGGUGACCGAUUUCCUCCUCUUGGGGUUCAGCGACCUCCCCGAGCUGCGGCUCUUCCUUUUCCUGGCCUUCCUCCUGCUGUACCUGGCCAUCCUGGCGGGGAACAUCCUCCUGCUCGGUCUCCUGCUGACCGACGGGGCCCUGCACUUUCCCAUGUACUUCUUCCUGGGGAACCUGUCGCUACUGGACCUCUGCUUCACGGCUGUCACGGUGUCCAACACGCUAGCCAAUCUCCUCACCGGGAACAGGGCCAUCUCCGCCACCGCCUGCGCCGUCCAGGUGUACUUCCUGCUGGCCUUCGGCUCGGCCGAGUGCUACCUCCUGGUUGCCAUGGCCUUCGACCGCUUCGUGGCCAUCUGCAGCCCGCUGCGCUACGUGGCCGUGAUGGGCCGGAGGACGUGCGUGGGGCUGACGGUCGGGUCCUGGUUUAUCGGGGCUCCCGUGUUCCUGGGGCAGACCCUGUGGGUCUUCGGCCUCCCCUUCUGCAGGCCGCGUGAGGUCGGCCAGACCUUCUGCGACGUGCCCCCCCUGCUGCGGUUGGCCUGCACCGAUACGGCCAGCCACGAGCUGGGCACGGCCACCAUGGCAGCCUGCUUCUCAGCCCUGCCCUUCCUGCUGAUCCUGGGGUCCUACAUGCGCGUGCUGGGGGCCCUCCUGAGGAUGCCAUCGGCCGUGGGGAGGCAGAAGGCCUUCUCCACCUGCUCCGCCCACUUGCUGGUGGUCACGCUUUUCUACGCCUCUUGUGGGGCCAUGUAUCUGCGCCCCAAGUCCACGUUCUCCCUGCGGAAUGACCGGCUCCUGGCGCUGCCCUACAUCUUUGGCACCCCCCUGCUCAACCCUCUGAUCUACAGCCUGCGCAACAGGGAUGUGAAGGGGGCCCUGCGGAGAGCGGUGGGGAGGCUGUCCGGCUCAGGGAGGGUAUGA